UCUGGCAUAAAAGUUUUUAUAUUAUUAUUCGACCAUAUACGAAUACGAAUGGAUACGAUAGAGUGUAGUGUUUGAUAAUAAUUAGUAAUUGAUAAUUUUUUUUUCUUUUGCUCACUCGCUGUAAGAGCUUUUAGAGUCACGAUGUCCGAUGAGUCCGAAUAUGAUGUAGAGCCGGAAGAAUUUGAUAUUUAUAAGAAAAAAUACCAGUUGCUAUUGGACAGAUGUGAAAUUUUACAACAGGAAAAUGAAAGGUUGGUCUACAGAAUUCAGAGAAUAAGGAAGCUUCUUCGACGCACAAGAAAAGAGAAAAGAUUCUUGAUCGAUCGAUUGGAUCGACAUGGAGAUCGUUGGCGAGAAACCCCAAUGGGUGUAUUCGAAGAGAACAGUGUGUUUCAAACAACUCCAAAGUCAGAGAAAGGAGGGAAAGGUACCUCGCAUAGUGUUAAAGAGGAGAAGCCCAGAAAAGGGACAAAGAGAAAGGGCACAAAAGCUGAUCCGAAUGCACCAAAGAGACCAGCUAAUCCUUUCUUCCAAUUUUGUCAAGAACAAAGACCUCGUGUGAUGGAACGUUUAGCAGGAGAACCAGAGCCUAGUAAGCAAGAACUUACUAGACAACUUGCAACCACUUGGAAAUCUCUAAGUUCUGAAGAUAAAAAAGUAUAUUAUGACAUGUAUGAAAGAUCCAAGGAGAAAUAUGUCGCCGAGAUGCAGAUAUAUAAUAAGAAGACUGAAGAUGCGCCAUGUCAAAUGCCAUUAAAUAUAACAUAAUAUUUAGCAUAAUGGAUAUUUGUAGAAAGUUGAUAACUUGUGAUCACACCUUUGUAUAAGAAUGGUACAGUAAUAAGGUGAAGAACUUGAAAGAUA